CGAAACCCUCUUUUCCACAAUGGCGUCGACGAAGAGACGUCAGGUGUCUGCUUUUGGUUGCAAAAGACACGGGUUUCAAAACCCGCUGCUCACCUAAUUUUCUUCCGGAGUAAUACGGAAAAAGAAAAACGGUGGGUGGGUCAAGAAACGAUGCACUGUCUAUCGAACUCGAAACUUCUGGCAAUGCGUGGCGGAAGUGGCGAACCCGCACACAAGCACAGAAGAUUGUUGGAAAAAAAGGUGGUUCUACUCGCCGCCAGCCGGUCGGGUUCCGGUUACCCCAAGGAGACUUCUCUUGCCUAGCAAACAAGAAGAAGCCUCGAA